ACUCCCUCCAACCAUCCCGAUCAAAUUACAGAAAAGCCCAUCCGUUUCACUCCGGUCCGCUUCCCCCCACCCACCGUCCUCCGUCCCGUCCAUGGUGGUGGCCGACCACCAGCAGUAGCACCACCUCUGCUUGAUGGCGCAGUACAGGCAAUCCGGCGGCGGCUUCUUCGACUCCCGCGGCGGCGGGGCCCACCACCCGCUCCCGGACUACCACCGGGCACACCCCUCCAAACCCUCCCGGAUCCGCCGCCCCGGCAAGCCCGCGCGCCGCCGCUCGCCGGCCGUUGCCGCAGCUGCCGCUGCAGUCCUGCUCCUCGCUGGAGUCUUCAUCCUCUCGCGCCGCCUCUCUCGCGACCCCGCAGAGAUCGGAGAGGAUUCGGGUGGCGGGGAGGGUUUGCCGGAGUGGAACCGGAGCAAGAACUGGAAGGAGCUCAAGUUCGGCCAUGGCGGUGGUGGCAGGAGUGCGCGGGAUUCCAGGUACUGGGACCAGGACGAUCGACGGCGCGACGAAGACUACUCGGAGGACGAGAAGGAGAAGGUCUCGGGUGCAGGUGGAAACACUGCUGAUGCUGGUGGUGGCAGUGAGAAAAGCGUGAGCUCUGAUCCCGGUAUUGAGGAGAAAGGGUUGACCUUGGAUACCAGGGGUGGUGCUGACAAGGAGGUUCCAGAGUUGGCUGAAGGGGGGAAAGGAGGCACCUUGUACAAUGAGGGUGGCAGGAAAGAGCUGGAGCAGUAUGAGGCGGCCUCCAUGGGUGCGUUGGGCACGGGGACGAGGGAGGUUGAUCCAGAUGAUGAGUAUGAUGAUGGCAUUGAUGAUCCCGAUGAUUCUCAGAUGCAUUCAUCUGUUGCCGGUAGUAAGCUUGGUGAUGGUAUUCAUGAGAACAUAGGGAAGGAAGAGAAUGUUGCCUUGGAGAGACACAUGAAAACAGCAGGUGGAAGGAUUAGUGAUGACGGUGAUGCUGUUAACACGAAUCAAAAGAAAGCUUCGGGUACUGGUGAUAAGAAACAUGGGUCCAAGAAGAAACCAAAGCGGAAAAAGCCUGGUUCAACCUGUGAAAUGAAGUUCCUGAACUCCACUGCUCAACUUGUAGAGCCUGCAAAAAAUGAAAAAUUUGCUAGCUUUAAGUUGGAGUAUGUAGAGAUUGAACAAAAACCAGCUGGAUCCGAAAAUUGGGAGCCAAGAUUUGCUGGCCACCAGACUCUACAGGAAAGGGAGGAGUCAUACGUAGCUCAUGAUCAACAACUGACAUGUGCUUUUGUUAAGGGGCCUAAUGGAUCAAGCACUGGUUUUGAUAUAUCUGAGGAUGACAGGAACUACAUGAGCAAAUGCCGCAUUGCUGUAUCUUCCUGCAUCUUUGGAAACUCCGAUCGUCUGAGGACUCCAUUUGGCAAAACAAUUACACGUCUCUCAAAGAAGACAGUUUGUUUUGCUAUGUUUUUGGAUGAAGUCACAUUGGAAACUUUGCUAUCUGAAGGCCAAAAAAUGGACAACAUGGGUUUCAUUGGUGUAUGGAAGAUCAUAUUGAUUAAGAAUAUGCCUUAUAAUGACAUGCGGAGAGUUGGGAAAAUACCAAAACUUUUGGCGCAUCGACUUUUCCCAUCAUCAAGAUUCUCGAUCUGGCUGGACAGCAAAUUGCGACUACAAACUGAUCCUAUCCUUAUCCUAGAAUAUUUUCUUUGGCGGCAUGGUUAUGAAUAUGCUAUUUCCAAUCAUUAUGAUCGGCACUGCGUAUGGGAGGAAGUGGCACAAAAUAAAAAGCUGAACAAGUUCAACCAUACAAUAAUUGAUCAACAGUUUGAGUUUUACCAAGCUGAUGGACUGACAAGGUUCAACUCAUCGGAUCCCCACAAGCUGCUACCAAGCUAUGUCCCUGAAGGUUCUUUCAUCGUGAGGGAACACACACCAAUGUCCAACUUAUUCUCUUGUCUAUGGUUCAAUGAGGUCGAUCGCUUCACACCUCGUGACCAGCUCAGCUUUGCAUAUACAUACUUGAAGCUUAGAAGAAUGAAUCCUAAGAAGUCGUUUCGCCUCAAUAUGUUUAAGGAUUGUGAGAGACGAUCAAUGGCAAAACUAUUUCAUCAUCGAUCGGAAGAGAGACAUAGCAGUGGACAGCUAACAAGAUAACAAAGAGAUUUUCAAAGGGUGGGUUUAGAGAGAAAGCAGAGAUAGCACAAGGAAAGGAUUAUACCUUUGGUACAGCUCACGAAGUUCAACCACUGUCAACAUCUAUGUCCGGCCAGGGAGUCGAUGCUGAAUGGAUGGCCGCAAGCGAUCGCAUGUACAUCAUGAUCCUGCAGAUUAGUUCCGCCGUUCUUUUUGUACUCUACAAAGGCGGAUUAGGGAGUGCUAGCUGUUUGGUUUCAUAAGUUCUUGUUGCUUGCCGUGAAGUUUUGUUCAUUCUUUUGGGAAAGAAACGGUCUGGCUGCGCAUGAACUCCUAGAGCCGGCCAGGCUCUGUGUACCACCAUACGGUGUAUUCUCAUGUAACCCAAAAUGGUUUAGUGAAAUGUAAUAUUAUGACAGGAUGCUGCACUCUGUAAUUCUCUCCAGGAUAGGAAAUUAGUGAUUUUUGCCUGAA